AUGAAAUAUGUCCAAGAUAACAACAUCACUGCUAUCCAAACUAUCUUAGCCAAUGCUCAAAAUAGUAAAAAGUUGCUAUCUUACAAAAGAAAGAAAUCGGGUGAUACUCCAAUGAUUAUAGCAAGUCGAUGUGGUCAUUUACAACUAAUGCAGUUGUUCUAUCAUGGCUAUGGUGUUCCAUUUACUGAAAUGAACAACGAUAAUAAACAGCCACUCCAUGAAGCUGCCCAAUUUGAGCAUACACUUUGCGUUCGUUUCAUGCUACAAUAUGGUGCCGAUGUUAAUAGUUUAAAGCGAGCAGAUUGGACACCUUUGAUGCUGGCAUGUACCAAACAAAACAUAGAUACUAUAAAAACUCUAAUUGAAUAUCAUGCGGAUACAAAAAUGGUCAACAAAGAUAAAUGGAAUUGUUUCCAUAUUGCUUGCAGGGAAGGUAAUCCUGACAUUAUAAAUUACUUACUAGAUGUUGAUAAUCGCAUAUGGCAAAAUACCAGUAACAAUGGCAGAACUCCUUUACAUACGGCAGCUCUUCACGGAAACCUCGAAAUUGUUAAAAUCCUCUUGGAUAGGUGUAGCUAUCCAAUUGAUAUAGCUGAUCGUUGUGGUACCACACCAUUUAUGGAUGCAAUUAAAGGCGAUCAUGUUAAUUUAGCCAGAACACUCGCACAGGAUUAUCAGGCAGAUAAACAUGCUACUGAUAACAUGGGUAGAGAAGCUAUUCAUCUAGCAGCACAUACUGGAGCAAUUAGAUCGAUUCAUUUUCUUCAUAGUGAAUUACGUAUUGCUAUUAAUACUUUAACCAAAUGUGGCAAGACAGCUUUACAUUGUGCUGCUAAGGACGGUCAACUUGAAUGCAUCGAGAAUUUAAUCUUGUUAGGUAUUAAAAUCAAUGCUCAAGAUCAUCGAGGCCAUACAGCGCUUCACAUGGCUGCUGCCGGUGGUUAUGCUUCAUUAAUUUCAAUACUAGUCCAUGACUUUGGAGCUAUUGAUCUACCCAAUUUUGUUGGCGUAACUGCUGAACAGUUAUCCAGAAAUGAAGUAGUACGAAUGAGUUUUAACUCUCCAAUUGUGUAG